AUGGCCGGCUGGACCUUCGCCACCGCCAUCCCCACCGUCCGCCCCAACGCCCACUACUGCGCCUCCUGCAACACCACCGCCCACUACGAGCGCAACUGCCCGUUCCCGGGAAACUGCUUCCGCGUGCAACGCUCCGUCAUGACGUGCUGGAAGUGUGGCUACCGCGGACACACGGGGGAUGAAUGCCAGAACCCCGAGCCCGUGGAGUAUAGCAAGCGCUGUGGGGUGUGUCGGGCGCAGGGGCAUCGGACGGAGCAGUGUGGGAAUGUCGUGCAGCAGCGAAUGUGUGAUGCUAUGGUCACAGGCCAGGGGGUUGGGCAGAAUAGGUUUCGGUGGGGGGAUGUGGCGAUGAGUGGGACGGCGCAGCAAGGGCAACAGGUGCCGCAGCAGCAGAUGCCUGCGUUCCCUGUCCACCAAGCCUCUACGCCACUGCAGACCCCUCCAGCUGCUAACGCCGCAGCGAACGCCUCACCAGCCCACCUCACCGCCCUCCGCCAAAAAGCCCAACGCUCCGCUAUGCUCUACCACCUCCGCAACUACAACCUUUUCAUCGCCAACCACAGCUCGGAGAUCCAGUCCACGCUCCUCAACCAACGUACCUGGAUGCUGCUAAGCGCCAAAAUCGCGCAAGGGUACCAGUUCUGGCGGGAUCCCCGAGCGAUGCACGCGAUUGCUACGGGAAAGAAACCUUGCUGCUACACGUGCCGGCAGGAGGGUGUGAUUCUUGAUGGGCAGAUGUGUGGGGUGGGCGGGAAAGAUGCGUUGGACGUGGAGGACUUCGCGGAGUGGGGGGUCUUUGUGAUGUUUGGGUCUGCCUCUGGAAGGCAGAUUUAUCAGCCCUUGAUCUUUCGACUGCUGGGCGGAGUCUCGAUUACCAUAAUACCUGUGGUGUUGUUCGGAUCUGAGAUUCAGUUCUUGAACUCGCAUGCGCAGUAG